UUUAAACGUCGUGGUGACACGCGUGUGAGGCUCUGGAGGCCCGGAUGGUGCGCAUGCUGGCCCGGCCGGGAUCGGACGCUGGUGCUGCGCGGGCCUUCCGCGGGUUCCCGAGAGGCCUAGGAGGUCGAGAUCGGGCGCGGCGGAGCGCAGGAGCUUCCGCGGAGCUUGGGACGAGGAGGGUGCGCGCUCCUGCCUGCGGGUUUUGGGGACUCCAGCGAAGGCUGACAGAAGGUCACAGUUCACACAAGAAAGCCAUUAAAGAGACAGCGGGAGAAGCCACCCACGGGUGACAGUCUUAAUGCUCACCCUCCAUGUGCUGGCCUGUUCUGGACUCUACACUUGGCCGUGUUGGUGACUGAGCAGGCUGAAGUCCAGGGGAGUGCCUGCUGGGUCAGUUCCGUCCCUCUCUUGAGAACCUGGUUCCCUUACCUGCUGCAGAGAGAAGCAGCAGCCAGGCUCAGGCACCCCAGGGAUGCACCAUGCCAAUAGUCGAUAAACUGAAGGAGGCUCUCAAGCCUGGCCGCAAGGACUCCGCAGAGGAUGGGGACCUGGGCAGGCUGCUGGCAGCCUCAGCCAAGAAAGUCCUCCUGCAGAGGAUUGAGUUUGAGCCGGCCAGCAGGAGCUUCUCCUACCAGCUGGAGUCCUUGAAGAGCAAAUACGUUCUGUUGAACUCCAGGGCUGAGGGAACCAGUCGCCACAGGAGCGGAGAUGAGCCUCAGGCCAGGAAACCAGGCACUGAGCGUGUGUCUGGAAGUGGAGGCGACGGAGUCCCUGCCCCACAGAAAGUGCUCUUCCCCGUGGAACGACUGUCCUUAAGGUGGGAACGCGUUUUCCGAGUUGGCGCAGGGCUGCACAACCUGGGUAACACCUGCUUCCUGAACUCCACCAUCCAGUGCUUGACCUACACGCCACCUCUGGCCAACUACUUGCUCUCCAAGGAGCAUGCACGGAGCUGUCACCAAGGAAGCUUCUGCAUGCUGUGCGUAAUGCAGAACCACAUGGUCCAGGCCUUUGCCAACAGCGGCAAUGCCAUCAAGCCUGUCUCCUUCAUCAGAGACCUGAAAAAGAUUGCCCGGCACUUCCGGUUCGGGAACCAAGAGGAUGCGCACGAAUUCCUGCGGUACACCAUUGAUGCCAUGCAGAAGGCCUGCCUGAAUGGCUACGCUAAGUUGGAUCGACAGACACAGGCCACUACCCUGGUGCAUCAGAUCUUCGGAGGCUAUCUCAGGUCCCGAGUGAGGUGCUCUGUGUGCAAGAGUGUCUCUGACACCUACGACCCCUACUUGGACAUAGCACUGGAGAUUCGGCAAGCUGCAAAUAUUGUGCGCGCUCUGGAACUUUUUGUGAAAUCAGAUGUCCUGAGUGGAGAGAACGCCUAUAUGUGUGCUAAGUGUAAGAAGAAGGUCCCAGCCAGCAAACGCUUCACCAUCCACAGAACCUCCAACGUCCUGACUCUGUCCCUCAAGCGCUUUGCCAACUUUAGUGGAGGGAAGAUCACCAAGGAUGUCGGCUAUCCAGAGUUCCUGAACAUCCGUCCGUACAUGUCGCAGAGCAGCGGCGACCCUGUCAUGUAUGGGCUCUAUGCUGUCCUGGUGCACUCAGGGUACAGCUGCCACGCUGGGCACUACUACUGCUAUGUGAAGGCCAGCAAUGGACAGUGGUACCAGAUGAACGACUCCUUGGUCCAUUCCAGCAAUGUCAAGGUCGUCCUGAACCAGCAGGCCUACGUGCUCUUCUAUCUGCGGAUUCCAGGUUCUAAGAAAAGUCCUGAGGGCCCUGUCUCCAGGGUGGGCACCACUCUUCCUAGCCGUCCCAAGGUCGUUCCAGACCACCCCAAGAAGAGUCCUGGCAAUGGGGUUGUUCCCUCCCCGCGGAUGGCAAAGCGACAAGACUCAGUGAUGAUGAGAAAGCUGCAGGCCCCUGAGGAGAUUGGCGUGCCUAUGUCCAGAAAUGGCUCCGUUCCUGGUCUGAAGUUACAGAAUGGAUGUGCUCCUGCAAAGACACCUGCCGGGUCCCCCUCCCCAAGAUUCACACCAACACCCACACACGCGCCCACCAUUCUGGAUGAGCCUGGAAAGAAGGUGAAGACGUCAGCCCCUCCGCAGUCUCUCACCGCGUCUCCAACCACCUCUCACGGCUCUCCUGGGACUGGAGAAUCUAGGAGCCAGCGGCCUGGCUCCUGGGCAAGCAGAGACACCAUCUUCUCUACCUCACCAAAGCUCCUGGCCAAAGCCAUUACUAACGGGCACAGGCUGAAGGGGGAAGGCAAUGGUGUGGAUCUGGAGAAGGGGGGUUCGAGCAGUUCGAGCCCCGAGCACUCAGCUAGCAGUGACCCCGCCAAGGCCCCAAAGACCUCAGAGGGCAGAGCUGCACAUGUCUGUGAUUCUCAGGGAACAAACUGUCCCGCCACUGGCCAUCCCAAAGCGCUGUUGAACGGAGUAGAUGCCAAGAUGGUGAAGUUGAAGUCCCCUGCCCUGAGCAGCAGCACCACUGAGCCCACAAGCCUCAUGUCUCCUCCACCAGCCAAAAAGCUGGCCCUGUCCGCCAAGAAGGCCAGCACCCUGUGGAGGGCGACCGGCAAUGACAUCGGUUCACCUUCCCCCUCAGCAUUCUGCGACCUCACCUCCCCCAUGAAAGCCACCUACCCCGUCGUUGCCUCCACUGGGCCUGUCAGUAAGACCAGGGCUGCCGCCCCUGCUCCCCGACCAUCCUCCCACCCCCACUCUGCAUCUCUGUCCAGUAGUAGUCCCAAGCCCUUAGGGACAUCGGAGCCACAGAGCUGCUGCUCUUCUGCCUGGACACCCCUGCCUCAGGUCAAUGGACACUUCACGUCCCACUCAUACCAACUGCCAGAGGCCAGCGAGGCCCUACACAGACCCUCCAAAAAGAGGAAAAAGACCCCUAAUGGAGAUCCCCAGAGUCUGGGUGUAGACACGGUCCUCCCACAGUGCCUCAGGGGAGCACCUGCAGCAGCCUGCAGGAAGAAAAAGAAGUGCCUGGAGGCUGAGGCUGCCACAGCUCCCCCGCUGGAAGGCCAGUGUCAGGACCAGUCUUGGAGUCCCAGGGGCCAGAAGGAAGAGGGUACGCAGCCCCAGGUAAAUGGCCACCACGUGAGUCACAUCCUGGACAAUUACCAUGUGAGCAGCAGGAAAAAGAGGAAGAGGAAAAGAUCAGAAGGGCUCAGCCAAGAAGCCACCCUGUCCCAGGGCCUGACUCAGCAUAGCUGUUCCCCUGCAGACCACAGUGAGCCUGAGGCCAGGACAGAGUCUCAUAAGAAGAAGAAGAAAAGACGGAAAAGAAAGCCUGAGCCACAGCAGGAAGAAGAGAGCGAGCAUCCAGAAGGCCAGAGGAGCCCAAGGCCCAGUGUCACCCCAGUCCCUGGGUCGAGUGUGAAUAGCCACCCUCCUAGUAACUGCCUGGGGCUGGGACAAGCACCUCUCGUUACCUGGAACAGAGAUGGAGAACCCGAUGUGGUCCAGGAGUUGCUUCAGGACUCAUCCGAUAAGGCUUAUGGGAAAAAAGUUUUGACCUGGGACGGCGAGCCUUCAGCUGUCAGUCAGGACGCCAUCAAAGACAGCAGGUUGGCCCAGACCCAGACCGUGGUUGAUGACUGGGAUGAAGAGUUUGAUCGAGGGAAGGAAAAGAAAAUUAAAAAGUUCAAGAGAGAAAAGAAGAGAAACUUCAACGCCUUCCAGAGACUUCAGAGUAGACGCAACUUUUGGUCUGUGACUCAUCCUGCUAAGGUGGCCAGCCUCAGCUAUCGCCGCUGAGCUCACUGCAGUCGUUAGAGGAAGACCAGGUGCCUGUGCCACAGUGUCCAGAGCUGUCACAUCACAUCCUUGGAACUGUCUACUUGGACCUGAGGCGCGGCCUUGUGCAAUCUCCUCUGCACUGAGCCUGCCAUGGUGGAGGCUCCUGGUCCCACUGUUCACAGAUGAUCCUCUGAUGGUUGAAGCUCACAAGAGAAAACCUGGCCUGUGGUGUGCACUGACAGUAACCUUGGAGACCUCAGGAAAGGCUGAGCCUCUUAGACCUCAUAGACCUGGGGCUGUCAGACAAGGAGCCAACGAGGCAUCUCCCAGCAUGCCCUUCACUCAGAAGGGUGGCAUUUGGUGGCGCCUUUUCUGGGGAGCCUCCCUUUGCUCUCUGAAGCUGGAGCUGUCUCAUGGCUGUCCUCUCAGAGCGGCCUCUGUAUGACUAACUGUCAGCUGCAGCAAGAGCAAGCCCCGCUGACUGCGCUGUCCCUACCCCCACCCCCAAAGUGCAUCUCCUUGAGAGUGCCACUCCUAGAAAGCUGCAGCUGCUCAGCAUGGGAGAAGCUCUUCCUCUCAGGCUGCCAGCCCUGCGGGGAGACCGGCAAGCUCCUACAUCUGCCAUGACCUGUGGGUCUCUGUCAAGGCGGUGGUCUUUGGAGACGAAUUCUCCGUUAUUUUACUACUUAUGAUAAAGCCUUUAUUUUUGACCAGGCCUGUGGCUACCAGUAGCAAUAUGUUUCCCUGAUAUGCAGACACUGGCUUUGUUUGCUCAGUUUUGUGAGUGCUUUGAAGUUGGCAUGAUUGCCUUCCCUGUCUUUCUCAAGCUGCCCCUGUGGACUUAGUGUUUGCAGACAAGACUCCUCAGUGAGGGAAGACAGCACCCAGGAGAUGGAAGGCGCCAAAAGGCUCCUCCUCAUGGGGUGCAUCUCUUCGUUCCCCAAGCCCUAGCCUGCUCUGGGCUUGGCUCCUUAGUCUGGGCCUCUUGGGAGGGGCGGGCUGCCUUCUCAUUCCCAUGUGUAGUGUUCUGUUCAGCUGCAGGCUCAGGGUCUCACUUGCUGCAGAUGUGGGAAAAAGCGUUGUGUUCUCCGUGGCCCGGAGGUGAGGUCAUGUUUCUGUGUGGGUGUUUCCUUCCUGUUUGUUUCUUUCCCUUUAGAAAAAGGAGAGAACAGUGCUGCAGGAUGGGUCCGCUGGGUGAGCGAGUCUUCCAGCCGAAUGUGGUGGUCUUUGUGUGGUUGCUGUUCUGGGUAUCGUGUCCAGGAGUGUCUCGGAGGGAGGGAGGCACCUUUCAGAGGCAGGGAUUGUCCUUCUGAGGUUCUGCCAUCCUUCCUGUAGCAGCUGCUUCCCGGGUGCAUUUGUUUUCCUUAUGACGUUCUAGUAGAAAGUUGUAGAGCUGCCAGCACAGAACUGAUCUGUCUCCUCUGUCUCCUCCAGGGGCGUACGUAUAGUCCCUGCCUCUUGGGCAGUCAUGAUCCCCUCUGUCUCCUCCAAGGACAUAUAGUCCCUGCCUCUUUGGCAGUUGGGACCCCUCUGCCGUCCUGACUUCUGUCCGUGUUGCUGUCAGUGAAAGCAAGACCAUUUCUUCCUUAGAAGCCAUUAGGAACAGGCCAUGGGCAGAAUGAGUUCUUGGUGAUGUACUGACAUAAUAACUGAAGCUUUCCUAAAAGUAGUCAUUUUGUUGGAUCAAAUCAAAUCAGUUUGAACUUUGUGCUUGGCAGUAGAUGUGGCUUAGGCCCAUUUGCAGUGGGCCACCUCCCUGGUGUUUCUGUUCUUGCUCACCUGCCUGUUAGGGGCUGUUUCCAUCCAGCGUCCUGUGUGGCUGCAUCUGUAUGUGUGCAGGAACCCUGUAUUCUUCCUCUUCCUCUUCAGGGGUCCCCAGAUAUUGCCAAGAUCUUGGUGCAAUAAAGUAAUGCAUUUUUUUGUGU